AUGUCUGUCUCAAUGGCAAUUCCAAUUCUUUUUUCCCAGCUUGACGAAUUGGAGCUAAAGGAUUUUUUGGCAUCUGAUCCGAGUGAAGCAGAUGACAAUUUUGACGACAAUGUUGUGGAAGAUAGAUCUGUAAAAAUAUGCACUAAGAAAGAUAUGUACUGUGCUCUUGUCCAAUCUGGGGAUGGUGGCUCAGAUGACAAUGAUGAGGAUAAUGCCCAAGACAUGGAGGUCACUUUUAAUACUGGCUUAGAAGAUAUAAAUGAAGAUGUCACUGAUACUGAGCAUGAACAUGUAGAACAAGCGGAUGACUUUUUUGUUGAAGAGGAAACUCAGCUUCGAGGUACCAAGAGAGAGAAACCUAAUCAAGAAAAAGUCCAAGAAGCUGAAGCUAGUCGAGCAGAGCUUGAGCUAUUACUUGCUGAUGACACGGGAAUGGAUAACAACUUAAAACUCUGA